UUAACCAGCCUAUCAUUUCCCAGGGGAGUUCUGCAUAUCCACAUGGGUGGCCAAAACAACGCGUGCCUCGACAAGCUAGAGAAUUAAUUAUGACUUGGAAAAAAAAAACCGACACCGUAUCCCCACGAGUUUAAGCGUGAUCUCCUCUUGAUAUUUAGCCAGGACUUUUUGGGGGGGAUUGUUCCAAUAGCACACUACGUCGGCGGUCGCCCGUCGACUCGAUCGCGUGCACUGUCUCUGGUGUUGUUUAUUGGCUGACUCGCGCCGCUCUCUCGUGCGGAUUGAUAGCGAGAGCUGUGGGGUCCCGUGAACACCGAUAGAGUGCACUCUGCUCCACACACACGCGCGCGCAAGAAGGGGCGCCAGCAACUGUUCUCAUCGUAGCCUAUAGCUUCGGGGUCACUUCUAGAUCGUGGACUGAUUUCUUCGGCACCUCGAGAAUAUAUUGCAAAUGAUCAGCAUUUAGGUCGCCGGAACACGCCUGUACCGGCACGGAUAUUCACGUGCUUGGUGGAAACUCGUACUGACCACAUCGCGGUGUACACACGCUCCAGUGUUUCCUCCUGAUCUGAGUAUAAUUGGCACGCGCGCUCUCUCCCUCGCUGUCUGUCUUUCUCUCUCGCAAAUCAUGGAAUUAUGGAUAAAGUUUAUAUUUUUCUGCGGUUGGUGCGUCGGAGCAAGUGCAGACUUUGACGGCAGGUGGCCACGGCAGAUGGCCCCCUCCAACGGCCUGUGUCGCUACGGGGCCCGGAUGGACUGCUGCUGGGGCUGGACCCGCCGCUCCUGGGGCCACUGCCACCCGCUCUUCGCCCUAACACACAGGGUAGCCGGAAUACGAUGCCAACCUCAAGCCCAGUGCCAGCCCGGGUGUAAACACGGAGACUGUGUCGGACCCAACAAGUGCAAGUGCCACGCGGGCUUCACCGGGAAGACCUGCAACCAAGAGGAGCCGGGCUAUUUCGCCCCACCACUGGUGGGAUAUCCAUCUCCCUGUCUCUCUCCCCGUGGACCGCCCGCCCGCAAGGGUGGCAAUGGAGGUUGUGACCCCAGCUCUUUGCCGCCCUUUCCCCCAGAAGUUCUGCUACGAAAUAUUCCACGGAACCACGACCACAACACGGUGGUGGGGGGCCUGGACUUUGACAUCGAGCCGGGGAACACGGCGGACGAGCCUAACGACCAGCCCAGAGAGGACCGGCCCGGGGCCGACGCCCAUCAGCACCCAGAGUCGGGCUAUCUGAGCUGCUCUUUUGACCAGGGGCUGUGCGGCUGGAUCAAGGACAAAGACGGAGACCUGCACUGGGAGACCACCGCUGAUCCAGCAGGGGGACGCUUCCUCACCAUCCCCGAGGCGGCGGCGGCGGCCGGGGCGGCGGGGGGGGGCAGCCGGAGGAGGAGCGGCCGGGGGGCGCGGCUGGUCCUCCCCCUGACCCCGCCCUGGGACCAGGGCAACCUGUGCCUGUCCUUCCGCCACAGCCUGGAGGGCCACCACGUGGGCAUGCUGCAGGUGUUUGUGAAGAAGGGCCGGCAGUACAGCCCCGCCGUGUGGGGCCGGACGGGGGGCAGCGGCUGGAGGCACACCCAGAUCACCCUGUGGGGCACCGGGCUGGAGAGCGUGAUCCUGAAGGGGGAGCGUGGGCGGGGCAAGAGCGGCGAGAUGGCGGUGGACGACAUCACGCUGAGGAAAGGCUCGUGCGUGGAGGAGCACAGCAGCGUGAGGAGACUUUGAUGCACGCACCCGGUCGAGGACGCAGUGGUAACCCAUGACAACAAAGGGUGAAGAAGAAGAGAGGAUAUUAAUAUCUGACUCUGAGAGCAGACUCUUAAUUGUGUCACAGCCCCCCCCCCCCCCC